AUGGCGGACGUGACAGAUAAGGAGGCUACACGCUCCGAGAGCAAUAUGGAGGAUUCAAGAGGGGAAGACAGAGAAACAAACAGAGAGAACAGAGAAGAAAAUGGCGAUACUGAACAUGGACGAGUGUUAGGUAAAGAAGGUCCUGAUGAAGAUGGUGGUGACAGAUAUCAGACUGAACAACAUUCCACAGAAUGGCGGGGCGCCAUGGAGACAGGUGUAUCACCGUUUGAGUUUAUGAAUAAAUUCAUGGAGAGGAUAGAAGGAAUGGACGAAAAAGAUUUACAAAAACUUUACAGAGAUCGAGAAGAAAUGAGGAAGAAAUGGCAGGAGGCACGGGAUGAAGGUUACAACAGGAAGGGAAAAGUCGGCGUGAAAUAUUCCGUGAAAUGGUUGGAGAAAGAAUGCGUCAUGGUGAGAGAUUCAGUGAACAUGGAAGGGUCAAAGAAAGAUGGAGAGCUAGGGACGGUGAUGAAAUCCGGGGAGGACAGGACGAUGGAAGCUGGGGAGGUCGAGCAGAUGGAAGCCGGGGAGGUCGAGGCGAAGAAGGAAGGGGAGGUCAAGGCGAAGGAGGACGAGGAGGUCGGGGUGAAGGAGUAUGGGAAGGUCGAGGCGAAGGAGGACGGGAAGGUCAAGGCGAAGGGGGAUGGGGAGGUCGAGGCGAAGGAGGAUUUGGCGGUCGAGGCGAAGGAGGAUGGGGAGGUCGAGGCGAAAGAGGAUGGGGAUGUCGAGACGAAGGAGGAUUUGGAGGUCGAGGCGAAGGAGGAUGGAGAGGGAGGGGUAGAGGAUGGCGAGGACGAGGAUGGAAUAUGCUCAACUAUGGCGUAG